AUGAUCGAUGAUGACGGCGAGCUCACAGAUGAGGACACCGUCGAGCCUGAGUAUCAGGGUCGGUUGGAAUCCACCGCGAGCUCGACCAAAGACGACGAUAAACGUGAUCCAAGCAUGCCGAAGCUGAACGCUCGCGACGCUGCAAAUUGGCAGUCACUGACGCAAUUGCGACAUUGGCUGAAUGAACUGGAACGCGAUGCUAGCCUUACUGUAGAUCUAGUAAAUACAGCUGCUAUCAAGGAAAUGAACAACACAGUACAGGUUAGGAAAAAAACGACAUAAUU